AUGAGCACAGCUGUGAAGUGGGUUGAUUACGACCCUGAUGAAACUUACGACCUAAUGACAGCGUUCCCCAAACUUCAGCUACCUUUGCAUGUGAACAACAAAGGCCAUACCAAGAUUGCUGUUUGCUCGUCGUGCAAAACAGUAAAAAACCAUCAUUUCCCACCUGUCUUAGCAGCAAUACCUGAAGAAAUCAAAGCCGUUCCAAUGGUGCUUCAUCGGACUAUCAAAGAAUAA